AUGACAACAACUCAAAAUGGCGAGAGACAUGAACAUCACGUGAACGGACAAUCUGCAGACGGAAAGGAUUUGCUGUAUUUGGACGCCGUUGAAAUUGAUGACAAGGAGUUCAACAUUCCGCCCAUCAAAAAUCUCCCAACAUUAGAGAGCAUACUGAACACCCCGGACGAUCAUGAUGAGCUGAACAGCGCCCUGCUAGUCGAAACCAGGAAUUUGCUAUCCGCUGUUAAUAGAAUAAGCAGGAACGCAGACAAAAGCAACUUGCAUGGAUGUGUACUUCGACACGUAACAUUGAAAUCAAUUUCAUCACAGUUACUUUCAGCAGCAGACAAGGUCGAUGCAGGACUUCCAACUGCACUUGCAGUCUCAAAGUUCAUAGCAGUUGGAACUUCACAUGGUCUCAUCAUGGUCUUUGAUUCCAAACAAGUUCUUCGUUGGUGUCUGGGAAGCACAGCUGUUGGUGCGCAAUAUGGGGCAGUGUCAGCUCUGAGCUUCAACAUCGACAGCACCAGAUUGUUGAGUGGGUUUGCCAGAGGACAGAUUAUGAUGUGGGACCUGACAAAUGGCAAGUUGUUGAGGACGGUUCUUGAUGCACACCCACCAGGCACCGCCAUCUUGCACAUCAAAUUCACUGAUGACCGAACAACCGCAAUCACCAGCGACAGUGGGGGAUCAGUUUUCCAGUUAGACUUCAGGCGCAAGUUGGGAAUUAGAACAUGCGAGUCUCAGUGCCUGUUUUCUGGGAGUCAAGGAGAGGCGUGCACCAUCGAGCCACUCUGCACGCAACAAUCCAUUCCAGAACAUCCAAUGAAGGACGUCAUCCUCGUUGCCAUGGCAACUCUCUCCAAAGCCAUCAUUCUUGUUGUGAAGCCCCAUCUGAUGGCACAUUUUGUGUACCCACUUGUGGGGGAUCCAUCCACCCUGCCACUCUUGAGUUGGCAGUUUGUGGUCAUCCAGGUAUCAGAACAUAGCAAGUCAGUUGAUCCUGUGCUUGCAUUCGGUAGGGACCAGGUCGUCUACUUUGCCCAGGUUUGUGUUGGAGUAGACAACAUAAAUGUGUCUGUGCUGCAGAAGACUGACCUGCCCUACAAACUCCUCUGCAUGACCUGGAUCAACCCUCGCACCAUGGUCUUCAUUGACACUUCUGAGAAAGCCCAUCUGGUCGAUGUAAGAACCGAACAGGAAGUUCAGGUUGUGUUGGACCUGGCCAGUGUACAACUAGCAUACAGCACGAGUUUCUACAAGUCCCUGGCGACGGGGGGCAACGUGAGUCAGGCCCUCGCGUAUGCAGGUGAACAGGCGUGCUACCAAUCCAUCGUCACUUACAACAACCAGCUGGUUCUGCUGGGCACAAGAGGCGUGCACAUCAUCACCUUGAGGUCCUGGUCCGAUCGCAUCAACUUGCUGGUGAAGCAGCGCAAGUACAAGCAGGCGGUUGAGUUGGGGUUGACCUUCUACAAAGAUACUGCUAUGGCAGUGCAGGGUCUCGUGUGGAACCCCCAGAAGAGGAAGACUGUUGUGAUGGAGUUGCUGGUAAAGGUGGUUAUGCAGUAUGUCGAUGAUUUCAUGAGUGGAGUUGGUCACGUUGAUGGAAUGUACAGUUCGCAAGCUGGUCUCCAUGCUGAGUUUUAUGAUGAUUGCUACGAGGUGCUUCAAGUUUGCAUCAACUACUGUCUCGAAACUGACAACAACGAAUUACUGUUUGGAUACCUCUUUGAUAGGUUCUCGGAAAACGAGGUGACGAAGGAGUUAUAUCUGGAGAGUUUGGAGCCAGAAAUAAUGGAUAAGAAUUUGACAUACAUCAGUCCUUGGGUCAUGAAAUGUUUUGUGGAUCAUUAUGAAAGGAAGGGAAUGAUGCAGAAUGUUGAGGCGUGCAUCCUGCAUCUCGACAUCAUGAGUCUCGAUAUCCAUCAGAUCAUGUCUCUAUGCUGGAUGCACGGCUUGUUCGACACCAUCCUCUACAUAUACAACAAGGCCAUGCGUGACUUCAUCACGCCCCUGACCAGUCUCCUCGAUCGACUGACCACUGAUCCAGCUGCUGAGGAGGAUAAGCAGCUGUACGACAACGUGACGAAUAUGGGCAAUAAGAUUCUUGUGUACAUCAGUUGCUGCCUUUGCGGUCGAGGCUAUCUUCAUGGAGAGCUUGAUGCCGAGGAUGUUCCGAAAGUGCGCAACCAGGUCAUCCUUGCCAUCACAUCACUUCACAGUCAGCAGAGUAAUCUUUCUGAGUCGACAUACCCCUACCUACGCACUCUCAUCAACUUCAACGCCAGGGAUUUCUUCAACGUCUUGUCUCUGGCGUUUGAGGGAGACAGAUUCAAUGGCAAGGAAAAACAAAGAGUUGUCGAUAUUCUGCUUCUCCUUAUGGUCGAAGGUGUUGGCUUCAACUCUUCACAGAUUGGCAUCUUGUUUGUGUUCCUGGCUCGUCAGAUCAGUCAGAAAGGAAACAGCAUCCAAGUGAAAUCCAUCUUGUUCGAUCAAGUCCUCGAGUCCCUCUGCUCUCCAGACCAAGAUAAUUCUAAGCACGAGGAGCGUCAACAACUUCUUCUCGAACUUCUUAACACUGGAGUUCUUCAUAGCUUCCACGGAAACAGAGAUGAACUGAAACUCGUCUUGAUGGCCGAAUCAGCUGGAUUUUACAGAGUUGUGGAAUCACUGCAUAUAAAAAAGAGGAGAUUUCAUUUGGCCUUUUCUUGCUAUUUGAAAGAUUUAGCGAGGAAAAUGAAGAUUUUCAAUUUUGUUGAUAUGGUUUUAAAAGAUGAAUCAAUUACGAAGAAGGAGAAGGAAUUAGUGUGGAAGGAAGCAGUGGAGAACUUGGAUAAGUUGGUGGUGAUCGAUAAGUUGAAGACUGCUCAUCUGGUAUACAACGUGAUGGGUAAGGAGGGCUUUGUCACGGUUUUGAAUCUUAUGAAUUCUGAUAGUAGAAUCCUCUUUGACUUUCUACAAGGUGUGUUUGAAUUGACUGGUCCGUCAGUUGUCAAACAAGAAGUUGAGGUUGGAAGUCGCAAAUUCAUGAAGGUCGACGGGCGGCUGUACGAGAAGUAUGUUGAGCUGGCGUGCGAGUUUAGGAAAAACGAAGAAGAAAUUAUUGAAUUUCUGCGUUCGCACACGGACUACAGUACAGACCUGGUGCUGAGUGUCGUUAAAAAGAAUAAUUACAAGGAGGUCACCUGCUUCCUUCUCGAAGAGUCUGGAGAUUAUUCGGGGGCGUUUGAUUUGAAAAUGAACAUAGCUCAGGGAAUCUGCACAGGCAACGAUGCUCAUCAAAUUGAGAGCAACAUCUGGAGUAUUGUGAAAUAUUUACAGAGGAACAACAAACAUUUCUCUACAGACCUAAGACACAAAUGUUGGCAUCAGCUGCUUGACCUGGUUCUUCAAAAGCAGGAAGAUGUCUCGCUAGAAAUGUACGAAGAUGACAACAGAAUAUCGACAGAGCAAAUUAAGAUAUUAACAUCGCAAGUGAUGACGGCAUGCAUGCCCUUCCUGCCACCUGGACUCAUCCUUCAAAGGGUUCUUUCCAGUCCAUGCUACUCGUCCGGUAGGUACGGAGAUUUGAAAAGUCUGCUCAAUAACAUGAUGGACUCGUGCAAUUAUGAACGGGUACUCAUAAAGACGUGUGCCAACCUAUUCGAUAGAGAUUACCAUUCACAGCUCUCUCGAAUGCUCAAGACGACCACCAUGGCAACUAAACUGAAGGCAUCCAGGUGCUAUCUCUGUUUCAAAGACAUGACCUAUCGCUCGUCCUCUUCAUCAGCAUCAGCGGCUCUGAAUGACGAUUCAAUCAUUUGCUUCCAAUGUGGUCACGGGUACCACUGCCGCUGCCUGUCAUCGAUCGGUCUGCGAAGGAAAAGUGUCAGUAACGAUGCUGAAGGUGGAAGUGACGAUUGGAUCUGUUACAUUUGUUGUGAAAGUGCUUCAAAGAGUCCAUCGUCUCCAGGCUACAGUAUUAACAACAUCCACAUUCCGGUUAAUGGUACAACUGACGGAAGCAAUCAGCGAGAUGAACGUUCUACAUUUGAAGACACGACCGACCAACAUGAUCACCACCAACAACUGAACCAAGCACAACUGGACGCACUGCAGAAUUUGAGGGCAUCUCAAAAAAGUAGGCCAGGUUUGUCGACGUUGAUGGAGCUGAAGAAAUAUGCGACAGACAAACAAAAAACUAAAAAUGUAAAUGAAAGAACAAUUAUAUGGAACUGAUCGUAACGUAUAUGUGUAUUUUUUUUUACAUUUCGUCAAAUCAAAAUGUUUUUCUUCUAGGCACCUUUAAAUAAUUUUUUUAAAUAUGUAUUAAAAUCUGUUAAGAUUAUUGUAAAUAAGAACUUGUUCAAACAU